AUGGGGAAUGAAGAGUCAAAGAUUUCUUUUCCAACACAAGAAGUAAUUGUCCUUGUUGGUAAGAAUAUUACAACAAUACCACCUCAUAUACCCCCAACUCCGAUGCUUGCUUAUCUAAAUCUUUCAAAUAAUAAUAUUCAAAAUUUACCUCCAGAUCUAAAAUCUCUUAAAAACCUUAUACUAGCUCGUAAUGGAUAUGAUUCGAUUCCACAAGCUGUCCAAACAUCAUUAUUUACAUAUUCAUCACUUGAAGCACUUGAUCUAUCAAACAACAACUUGACAUCACUAGGAAAUAUACUCUCUAACUUACCUUCAUUACGAAGGAUAAAUCUUUUUGGUAAUAAGUUCGAAACAAUUCCUCAACUUGCAAAUACAAGUUUGCAAGUUAUUGAUUUAGCAAAUAACAACUUAAAACAUUUCCCUAGUCUUCCAGAAACAAUAGUUGCUCUCAAUGUUGAAAAAAAUCAAAUCUCAGAAAUAGAAUUAGAUAAUUCUUCGUUCAAAAUCAACAACUUAGCAAAAUUAUGUGCUGCAUCAAACAGAAUUAUAAAGUUUACAUGCUUAGGAGUCCUCAAAAUCGUCACACUUGAUAUUUCUAGAAAUAAAAUUUCAAAAUUACCAGAUUUUAACAGAUGUUUUGACAAACUACAACAAAUUAACAUAUCAUCGAACUUAGUACCAUCUAUUCCCCAAUUCCCACCCCAAAUUACGGAAUUUUUUGCAUCAAAUAAUAAAAUUGCAUCAAUUCCUGAAUCUUUUUCGCAAUACACCUUCCUAACAACAGCUGAUUUAUAUCACAACAUGAUUAAGUCCAUAAAAGUACAGCUACCAGGCUCAUUACAGUCAUUAAUUCUUGCGGACAAUCAAAUCAAAGAUUCUGUUCCUUCUACAAUCAACGGACUGAAUAGGAUGUUUAUGAUGAAUAAUCAGUUGAAAGAGAUCCCAGUUAUACAAGGAAACUCACUCUGCGAGUAUUAUCUCUCAAGAAAUCUGAUUGAAAAAAUUGAAAUUUCAAAUUUCUCCAAAAAUGUGACAAGAGUUGAUUUAUCACAUUGUAACUUAUCUGUACUACCUCCUGAUCUGUUUACAAUCCCUACUUUGACACAUUUAUUCCUUGGAUAUAAUAAAAUUAAAGAAUUGCCGCAAACUUUGAAGAAUUCGACAUCGAUAAUAUUACUGCAGCUCAGUGGAAACAAGAAUAUCAAUGUAGAUGUUGAUUAUCCUGAAACUCUUGAACAAUUAUUUAUUUCUAACUGUAAUUUGAAAUCUUUACCUACUUCUUUAGAAAAAUUGGUUGAUUUUAUAGAGUUGGAUGCAUCAUGUAAUGAAUUAAGAGAGUUUUCUUUGAAACUUCCCGAAAUUAAGAAAUUAAUUUUAUCUUGCAACAAAAUUAAGAAAUUCCCAGAGAAUAUUGAAUCUGUGGAACUCCUUGAUUUGUCUGUUAACAGAAUAGCUGAUAUUCCUGAGAAAUUAUCUUUAAUUCGCUUGAAAGAAUUAGAUAUCAGCUAUAACAGCAUCAAAACAAUUCCCGCUGAGCUGGCUUUGAACAGACUUAAUAUUCUCAAGGUGCAGAAGAACCCUAUAUCCCAACAAAUUGGAUAUACAAACUUUCCAAAAUUAUCUUACAUUGAUUUGUCCUCAAUUCCAGCGGAAGUUGCAGAACCAAGUCCAGAAGUUAUUAUGUAUUCAUCAGCUCCUGGAUUUUGCAACAGUUUGACACAUAAUUUUGUUAUAUCAGAUAAAUCUUGCGCUUACAGCCUCUGGAAAGGUCUUCGCGAGAUCAUGGAAGAUGGAAUAAUAUUUAGAUGCGAUAAGACACAGCGAUUGUUCUCAAUAAUUGACGGAAGAGGCGGAGCAAUGAGUUGUCAGUACAUUUCGUCCAAAAUUCCGAAAUUAUCUCGCGAUCGCUCAGAUAUAUUAGAUGAAGAAUCAUUGAAACAAAUACACGAAAAAAUAUGCCAAAGCUGCAAGAAGAAACAAAUUUUGACAGUUCCUGAUUUUUCAAUAGUUUACAUCAACAACAAUGAAAUUUUCAUGUUGUUGACUGGCCAUGUAGACAUUGUUAUUAUCAAUGACGAGAAGUGCGAAUUGCUUCAGUCAUUUACUACUAAAGAUAAGCCGAGAGACCUUCUCUCAUUGAAUAGAACGCACGGACCAGUUCCGACUUCUUACACUGAAGGAGAUUCUUUAGUUUACAACACAGUGAUUCCCCCUUCAAUUGUUAAGAGGCCUAUUAACGAGAAGGACAAAUGGCUUUUGAUAUUGAGUGUCAGCGUUCUCGAUGUGAUGAGAUUUAAUGAAGUUUGCUCGAUUGCAAAGAAUUUGAAAAAUGCGGAUGAAAUUGCAGUUUCGAUUCGAAACGCAACAUACUCUGGUAUGAGUACUGAUAAUAUAUCAGUGAUAUGUAUCAAAUUACAGGAAUCACAAAAACAAUAA